AUUGCACGAAACCUCUCGCGACGCUGGAACUUGUACUAAGUGAUGUGAAUCUCCCGGUGUGAAAUCUCUGAAUCGACCUGCUAUCUGCGUGGACUCUUUCCGCCUGGCUCUUCCGUUCUCAAGCGCUCCGCAAGCGGAAGAUCGAGGGCUGCACAAGGCUGAGCCUUCGGACCGUCGACACGGGAAAGAACAACAUCGCUGCCGUUCGGUUCCCCUGAGCGACGAGCAGAUCGGAUCCUACGGGAUAGACCACGAUCCCCCCGGCACAGGUCCUGGUAGAGUCCGAGUGAGCUGAAUUCCAGCGAACAUGUCAGAAUCGAGGCUCUAUACCUUCUCGCAGGAGACCAAGGACCAGCUGCGCAAGUUCCGCCUAGGCACCUCCCGGGCGAAGACGCCUCUGGCCAAAAUUUACCAGAUCGACACUAAGACGCAAGAAAUCAAACCUUCCUCCGAUGACACGUACAGCGACAUGCUCGAGCUGGCCGACGAACUCCCCGACUCGUCACCGCGGUUUAUCCUCUUGAGCUAUCCGUUAACAUUGGCCUCGGGACGCCAAUCCGUCCCCUACGUCCUCCUGUACUACCUGCCCGUGAACUGCAACCCCAACAUGCGGAUGAGCUACGCUGGAGCGGUGGAGUUGAUGCGCUCGACCGCCGAGGUGAACCGCGUGCUGGAGAUCGCCGACGCGGAGGACCUGCAGGAGAUCGAGGGCCGAUUAAAGGGCGAGGAUUGAGGACGGGUUGCCGCCGAAGAUCCGAACCGAAGAAGAUGUAUAUGUGUAUAUACGUAUAUGAGAAUGUGCGUAUAGAUGUAUGGAUGUAUGGCUGGAUUAGCGGACGGGUGGCGAGGCUGGAGAGAUUGAGAGACGCGGUAACGGAUGCAAACUAUCACAAACGGUUGGGGACAGUGUUUUUCGGAAUCGAUACGCUAUUUCACGAUUCUUCAUUGCUUACAUUAAAAAGCUGAUGUCGUUCAGAAAGCUUGAACAACGCCGACAUGACAUGCAAGGCAAACGAUAUGG